CAGAUGUUUCAGUCGCAUUGCAGCCUCUGCACUGAGAAUUUAUCCUGAGGAGCCCCUAAUAGGCUAUUAUUUCUCUACAACUGAGACAUGAUCAUCCUAAUUUACUUAUUUGUCUUGCUGUGGGAAGACGCGCAUGGAUGGGGAUUCAAGAACGGAAUUUUUCAUAACUCCAUAUGGCUUGAACAAGCAGCAGGCGUAUAUCACAGAGAAGCUCGGUCCGGCAAAUACAAGCUCACCUACACAGAAGCAAAGGCGGUGUGUGAAUAUGAAGGCGGCCGCCUCGCCACCUACAAGCAACUAGAGGCAGCCAGAAAAAUUGGAUUUCAUGUUUGUGCUGCUGGGUGGAUGGCCAAGGGCAGAGUUGGAUACCCUAUUGUGAAGCCAGGCCCCCACUGUGGAUUUGGAAAAACUGGUAUUAUUGAUUACGGAAUCCGUCUCAAUAGGAGUGAAAGAUGGGAUGCCUAUUGCUACAAUCCACAUGCAAAAGAAUGUGGUGGAAUCUUUACAGAUCCAAAGAGAAUUUUUAAAUCUCCAGGCUACCCAAAUGAGUAUGAUGAUAACCAAAUCUGCUACUGGCACAUUAGACUCAAGUAUGGCCAGCGUAUUCACCUGAAGUUUUUGGACUUUGACCUUGAAGAUGACCCAUCUUGCUUGGCUGACUAUGUUGAAAUAUAUGACAGUUACGACGAUAUCCAUGGCUUUGUGGGGAGAUACUGUGGAGAUGAGCUUCCAGAAGACAUCAUUAGUACAGGAAAUGUCAUGACCUUAAAGUUUCUAAGUGAUGCUUCAGUAACCGCAGGAGGUUUCCAAAUCAAAUAUGUUGCAAUGGAUCCUCAAUCGAAAUCCAGUCAAGGAAAAAAUACAAGUACUACUUCUACUGGAAAUAAUAACUUUUUAGCUGGAAGAUUUAGCCAUUUAUAAAACAAAACCAGGACAUUUAGUAUUUAUGUUUGUAUCUUUUGGAACCCCUUGGAUCUCACUUUUAUAUUAUUAUUACUGUUAUUAACACUUAUUUAUUACUUUUCUAGAUGUAAAUGUAAUACCUGAUAAUUUUGAGAAAAUUGGAAAUUACAGAAAAUUUUAAAUGAGAAAAUAAAAUCUCUCAUAAUUCCAUUGCAUGAAAAUAACAGGUGUUAAAAUUUAUAUAUUUUUCUUUUAGUCAUUUUUUUAUUUGUGGUAUCUGUAUAUAUGUUCCUAUAUGUAUUUGUAUUUGAAGUUUUGGAAUUCUGCUCAAUAUCAUUAUAUCUUGGUGUGUGUUUUUUUAAACCUUGAGCUCUAUGACUUAAGUAUUUUCCCAUAACAUUGAGUAUUAUGCAAAAACAUGAUUUUGAACAGCUGUAAAAUGUUAUGUAUGAUUUUUCCAUACUUUAUUUAAGCCUGUCUCUAUUGUGGGAAUUUUAGGUUGUCUUCAUAAACAUUGCUUCAAUAAACAUCUUUGAACAUA